UUACGAUCAAAAAUCAAAACAUAACCUCAAAAAUACUGUUGAUUUUAUUUAAAUAAAUAAUUUAUCAUUAAAAAAUGUCGAUAGACACGUACUUUUGCUUUUGCUGUUUAGCUACUAAUGACCUGAUAAAUAUUUACAAUUGUGAACCUGAAGAAAACUACGGACACCUACUGCUAUCAUUAUUUGAUUUGAACAUUUCUAUAGAAGAUUAUGAACAUGACGGCUUCAUAUGUAAGGAGUGUGUGAAAAAGCUGAAAGAAGCGCUUCAAUUCAAGGCCCAAGUGUUUGACAUCUUGAAUAUAUUGCAGAGUAACGGACUGAUAGAUCUCACAAAUGCAGACAAACAGACAACCGUCAAGAAAGUGCUCAAUACUAGCUUAGAUAUCGAAGACAAGUAUGCUAAAUCUACAGAAAAAGAUCUGGUCCUGUAUGAAAAAAAUUCACAAGACCUACCCAAAACUGUUAAAGAAGACACCAUUCAAAAAGAUGUCUCCACCAAAAAGAAUGUCACGUGCAAGCCAGAAAGAGACAAACAAACUUACAAUAUUAUUGGAAAAGGACAGGAGAUAAAGAAGAAUUAUUACGAAGUCACCGAAGACCUAAAAUGUGGGAUGUGCAGUAAGGUGUUGCCGAAUGUAUAUGUCUACCAUUUACACAUGAACCAACAUUUCCCGAACCACAUAUGCGAGUCCUGUGGCAAAGGUUUCCUAACUGAAAAAAGGCUAAAACGACACAUGCCUUCACACAAGACUGGCCCGUUCAAUUGUCCAACCUGUGACAUGGAAUUUACCAAUCUUAACACACUUAAUUCUCAUAGGCAGCACGGCUCGUCCUCGCUACACAAGUGCCCCAGCUGUUUUGAGUGGUUCGACGCGCUCUUUCUCAGGUUAAUCAAAAUAGCAGUAACGUUAUCCGUUAUUUCAGACAACGCAGCGCAAGCACGGCUCAGUCUCACUAUACAAGUGCCCCAGCUGCUCUGA